CCACGUACAAAACGAACGACAUACGAAUCGAUCGAACGAUCGGUGGCAAGCUUCAGACGCGGCCAAAUAUUCGCGACAAAUAUUCGGAAAAUGACGAAGACGAGCGAACCUAUAUUUCGACUUGGUAGGACAGGAGGAACAACGAGUUGGUCGUAAGACCUCCGACAUAUAGACAACGACAUACGCUUGAAUCAAUCGCAAGAUAUUCGACGAUGGGUGACAUUCUACGAAACUGGAUACAAGCGAGGCUAGGAAUCUUGAUCGAUCUGACGCCCGAGGUGUUUGGUUACUACACCAGGGACGGCUCGCUUCUCGCACAGAUUCUGCACAGCUACGACAUAAUAAACCGCGAUCAGUUGGACACGAUCGUCGUUACCCAAGAUCCUGCUCUCUGCAGAGUAAAUCUGAAGCACUUGAAGUUUUGGUUGCGAUUCGUGGGAAUCGAUAGCGACGAUGAAAGCAUCGAAGAAAUUUCCUGCGGCAAAGGUACCACGUCGAUGCGCUUGUUCUACAGGCUGUACCUGUGCCUGGAAACCAAGGACAGGUUGCACUUUAUCACACUGCAAAAAGAGAGGGAAAAAUUCGUACCCACGUCGAAGAAGUUCGAAGUGACGAAAGUCUGCGAGGACCCUCCACCGUAUCAACCGAUGGAACACUCUUUGUCGAAGAAGUUGGCGAAGGGAAAGGACGUCGUUGACUGGCAUCGUACCAACCUCCCAAUCAUACUAGCAAAGUUUCAAAAAGAACGAGAGAAGUUGAUGGCUGUUCCCACGUCGUACACCGUGGCGCAACCCAGCGUAGAGCAGUGGCCAGCCGAGGUAUCUAUGUAAGUAUUCU